AGCAGGUCACACAAGGCACCUCCUAGUAUUGCAUCCUACAGAUGUGCCGUAAACAUCAAAAGAGAAUGAUUUGAACAGGACAUGAUAUUUUGGAAAGAAUGAUGGUUUAGACUUGCCCAUGUUAGCAAUGGAUGUAGCACUUUCUCCUGUGAGAACACAGGAACUGGAUCCCAUGCCUUCUGAUGCAUCUCCCAUGCUUAUAAACAUGACUCCUACAGUGGAAAGGGAUGGGGAAGAGGACGUAAUGAAGGAACUUGAUUCUGGACAUCAGUAUGAAAAACCUCCUCCUCUCCACACUGGGGCAGAUUGGAAGAUUGUUCUCCACUUGCCAGAAAUUGAGACGUGGCUUCGGAUGACAUCUGAAAGAGUCAGGGAUCUGACUUACUCUGUCCAGCAGGACUCAGAUAGCAAGCAUGUGGAUGUGCACCUAGUACAGCUAAAGGAUAUUUGCGAAGAUAUAUCUGAUCAUGUUGAACAAAUUCAUGCUCUACUAGAGACUGAGUUUUCCCUGAAGCUUCUGUCUUACUCUGUCAAUGUGAUAGUCGAUAUCCAUACAGUGCAACUGCUCUGGCACCAGCUACGUGUUUCUGUUCUGGUUCUGAGAGAGCGUAUUCUCCAGGGACUACAAGACGCCAAUGGAAACUACACCAGGCAGACUGAUAUUCUGCAAGCAUUUUCUGAGGAGACAAAGGAGGAUCGUCUUGACUCUUUAACUGAAGUUGAUGAUUCUGGACAGUUAACUAUCAAAUGUUCUCAGAAUUACUUGUCACUGGAUUGUGGUAUUACUGCAUUUGAACUAUCUGACUAUAGUCCUAGUGAGGAUUUGCUUGGUGCUCUGGAUGAUAUGACCUCCAGUCAAGGUAAAGCAAAAUCGUUUGAAUCUUGGAACUACAGCGAGAUGGAUAAGGACUUUCCAGGACUUAUCAGAAGUGUGGGAUUGCUUGCAGUAGCAGCUGAUUCAAUUGCUCCCCAAAGUAAUGAACCUUUAAAUGAGAAAGAAACAUGUUUACCUCUUUCAGCAGAAGAUGAGGGAGGAAGCAAAGACAAGAAAGCACUACAUGAGCUUUCACUAUUACCUCCUUCUGAGAAUUCCUCACUAUCUAAAGGACCUUGCUCUGAAGAUGGUGUCAUAUCAACUGACAGCAAAACACUUUCCACAUUAGAGAAACAAGAAUGCAACGUUCCACAGAACGUUGGUGAAAAAAUCAAACACCCUCACUGUGAAAACUCAACUCCUAAGAGGUCCAUAAGAGACUGCUUUAACUAUAAUGAAGAUUCCCCUACACAGCCGACAUUGCCAAAAAGAGGUUUAUUUCUAAAAGAUGAUGCGUUUAAAGAUUAUACAGAAGCCAAUGAUUUAAAAAGACAUAUCUCUCAGAUAGUAAAGAAUGAAAUGAGUAGAAGUACACCCUCAUUGUUAGACCCACCAGACAGGUCCAAGCUUUGCCUAGCUUUACAGUCACCCUAUACUAACAGUCCGUCUGCAGUUAGUCAGUCGUACGAUUGCUUGAAUAAAAUAGGUGAUAGAAAUCUUGAGUACACAAUAAAUAAUCACUUUAAGGACAGUCCCAUAAGUCUAGCUAAGUCUCCUUACUACAUCUACAAAGAAAAAUCGAAGCACAAGAAGUCUCAUGACACUCCAGAGAAAGCGAAAUCUGGCAGAACAUCCGGUGGUGUGUGUAAAAUGGCUCCACCAAUACAAGUCAAAAAAAGAGGACGUUCAGGUCAACAAAAUGGAGUUACUUCUUGUAACUCUCAGUCUCUGGAGGGAACAGAAACAGAUUCUACUUCUACAUCAUCAGAUUCUUGUAACCAGACAGAUCCAAAUGAGCAAACACAAGAUAAAACUGAGCCUUUUAGUUCACCAACACGUAGCCAAAAGUGUGCUUCCUCAGUUGGUUCUGAACUUAUCAACUCAUCACCUCUUCUACCAACAAGAAAGAAUAAUAAAAGUUACUCCUCAUCACCAGGUUCUGUUAAUACAAAUGGUAAAGAUGGUGAUGAGGUCUGGUAUGGAUCUGAUGAAUAUUUAGCACUUCCUUCACAUCUCAAACAGACUGAAGUAUUGGCUUUGAAGCUAGAAAAUUUGACAAAGUUGCUGCCACAAAAGCCCAGAAGAGAAACUGUUCAAAACAUUGAUGACUGGGAGCUGUCAGAAAUGAAUUCAGAUUCAGAAAUGUACCCAUCAUACCAGAUAAAAAAGCAUAAGAAAUUGGGUAGGAUUUCACCAAGCUCUUCAAGUGAUAUAGUAUCCUCCUCGGGUGACAGUAUUGAAUCUGGGCCUCUCAGCGAUAUUCUCUCCGAUGAAGAUCUUUGUAUGCCUGUGUCCAGCAUUAAAAAAUAUGUUGAAGAAAAGUCAGAAAGGACUGCUGUCACUCAGCCCAUUGAGAAUGAGAUUUCUGCUUCAAGUAAAUCAGGUUUAAUUCAUCAAUUGAUGCAAGAUAUACAACAUCAAGAGAAUUAUGAAACCAUAUGGGAAAAAAUUGAGGGGUUUGUAAGCAAGCUGGAUGAAUUCAUUCACUGGUUAAAUGAAGCCAUGGAAACAACAGAGAAUUGGACUCCUCCUAAAGCAGAGACAGACAGCCUUAAACUGUACCUGGAGACACACUUGAGUUUUAAGUUGAACGUAGAUAGCCACUGUGCUUUAAAAGAAGCUGUGGUGGAAGAAGGACGUCAACUUCUUGAGCUUAUUGUAUCUCACAAAUCAGAAGGACUGAAGGACAUGCUGCAGAUGAUUGCCAGUCAAUGGAAGGAACUACAGAGGCAAAUCAAACGGCAGCACAGCUGGAUUCUUAGGGCUCUGGAUAUCAUCAAAGCAGAGAUACUGGCUACUGAUGUGUCUGCAGAGAAUGAGGAAGGGACUGGGAGCCCUAAGGCUGAGGUUCAGCUAUGCUAUCUGGAAGCACAAAGAGAUGCUGUUGAACAGAUGUCCUUAAAGCUGUACAGUGAGCAGUACAACAGUAGUAGCAAGCGAAAGGAAGAGUUUGCUGAUAUGUCAAAAGUUCACACAGUGGGAAGUAAUGGCCUUUUGGACUUUGAUUCCGAAUACCAGGAGCUCUGGGAUUGGCUGAUUGACAUGGAAUCCAUCGUGAUGGACAGCCAUGACCUGAUGAUGUCAGAGGAGCAGCAGCAGCAUCUUUACAAGAGAUACAAUGUAGAAAUGUCAAUCAGGCUCCCGAAAAAGAUGGAACUGCUUAGUAAGGUUGAGGCUCUGAAGAAAAGUGGUGUUUUACUACCAAAUGAUCUCCUUGAAAAAGUGGAUUCAAUUAAUGAAAAAUGGGAACUGCUUGGGAAAACCCUAGGAGAGAAGAUCCAAGACACAAUGGUAGGGCACAGUGGGUUAGGUCCACGUGACCUGCUCUCGCCUGAAAGCGGCAGCCUGGUAAGGCAGCUGGAGGUCAGGAUCAAAGAGCUGAAAGGGUGGCUGAGAGAUACGGAGCUUUUCAUCUUCAAUUCCUGUCUGAGACAAGAAAAUGAAGGAACAAUGAAUGCUGAGAAACAACUGCAAUAUUUUAAGUCCCUUUGCUGUGAGAUCAAACAGAGACGUCGCGGGGUAGCCUCUGUGCUGCGAUUAUGCCAGCACCUCCUGGACGACCAGGAGACCUGCAACCUAAAUGCAGAUCACCAGUCCAUGCAGUUGAUAAUUGUAAACCUUGAGAGAAGGUGGGAAGCCAUCGUCAUGCAAGCUGUCCAGUGGCAGACAAGGCUACAGAAGAGACUGGAAAAAGACUCGGAGUUUCUGAACGUUAUUGAUCCCAGUUUGAUGGACCUAAAUGGUCCAAGUGAAGAUGCGCUAGAAUGGGACGAAACUGACAUAAGUAAUAAGCUGAUCAGUAUUCAUGAAGAGUUAAAUGAUCCUGAUCAGGAGCUCAAGAAGGAUGAUCUAAGCCAGAAGUCCACUUCAGGAGAAUGUGGUGAUAAUGAUUUGAAUGAAGACAAAAGUAUCAGUGAUCGUGGAAGUCCUCUUUAUUGUCCCAGCAUCACUUCCCCUCCAAAUCCUCACAUCUAUCAAGUCUAUAGCCUUCAUAACAUUGAAUUAUCAGAAAAAAAACACAUGGCUUUCUUGAAGAAAACAUCCAAACUCCCCAGUGUAACACAGUCUAACAUUUUAAAUAAAAGUCUUAGUAAAGACUCUUCAUUUUCAUCUACCAAAUCCCUGCCAGACCUAAUAGAGGGGACCACACUGGCAAAACCAUAUAACUAUAUGUACCACAGUGGAAACAUGAGCAGGCAUUCUGAGAGUGAGAGUGGAAUAGUGAGUGAAUGUGAUACAGAAACUACAAAUAAUUCAGAAAUUUUUUUGCUAAAUGGUAUUGAAAGCACUCAGAGUAAUCCUGAAAUUGGGCAUGCAGAAAUUCAAAUGGAUGACAUAGUUGAUGUAAUAAAACAAACAAUAAAACAGGAUGAAGAUGACCACCUUAAUCUCUCAGAUAAUUUCCAGUUGGCAUCUUCUGCAUGUUGUGCAAGUGAAAAUGAUGGAGAUUUGAACAGUAUUACCCAGUGUAACCCUGUCUGUCUAGAAGAAUUGCAAGGAAAACAUGAUGUGUUUACGUUCUAUGAUUACUCAUACCUUCAAGGCUCCAAAUUCAAAUUACCAGUGAUAAUGAAACAGUCGCAAACUGAAAAGACACAUACAGAGAGCACUUUUCUUCAUGGAUUUUGUUUUGAUAAAAUACCUGGUAAGUCUGAACAUCAGUCUGGAGAGUCACAACCAGAUGGGUUUAUUCAUGACCAUAUUUUGACAGAUAUCUCUGGAGAAUCAGAUCCCAGUUCCUGUAAAUCUGCAGAAACUGUAAGAAAAUUAACUGAUACACAGAAUACAAGACAAGUUUCAACUCUGUCUCAUAGUUCUUCAUUAGAAUCUCUUUCUGCAGUGGGUGAUUUGUUCAGCUCAAGUAUUUUUAAAAGUGGUGAUGGUCUUCAGCGAAGUACCUCUUUGGAGAGCUGGCUGACUUCAUACAAAAGCAAUGAAGAUCUUUUUAGUCAUCAUGGCUCAGGAGACAUAAGUGCAAGCAGUGAUUCUGUUGGAGAGCUCAGCAAAAGGACAUUAGAUCUUCUGAAUCGUUUAGAGAAUAUCCAAAGUCCUUUAGAUCAAAAGAUAAAGCGCAGCAUCUCUGAUAUAACACUCCAAAGUAGCUCUCAAAAAUUGUCUUUUACUGGACAGCUGUCUUUAGAUAUUGCAUCCUCAAUCAAUGAAGACUCGGUGGCUUCUCUCACUGAACUCAGCAGCAGUGAGGAUCUUUCUAUCUGCUCUGAAGACAUUGUAAUGCAUAGAAAUAAAGUACCAGAUUCAAACGCAUCAUUUAGAAAACAUCUUAAUAGAUCUGUAGCUGAUGAGAGCGAUGUCAAUGUCAGCAUGAUUGUUAAUGUCUCCUGCACUUCUGCUUGUACUGAUGAUGAAGAUGACAGUGAUUUGCUUUCAAGUUCCACCCUUACCUUAACUGAGGAAGAGCUGGGUAUCAAAGAUGAAGAUGAUGACUCCAGUAUAGCAACUGAUGAGGAUAUUUAUGAAGAAUGCAAUUUAAUUUCAGGGCUUGAUUAUAUAAAAAAUGAACUCCAAACUUGGAUUAGACCAAAAUUUUCUUUGACAAGGGAGAAGAGAAAAAGUAACCUCAGUGAUGAAGUUCAACGCAGUAAAGAAGUUAGCAAUGAGACAUCAAAAGCCUCAGAUACAUUCAGCAUUGAAACGCUUUUGAAUGGUUCAGUUCAGAAAAUAUCAGAAAAUAAUGGCAAUAGUAAGAAUGUAUCAGGUGAUCAUGAAAAGGGGACAAAGGGUCACAUGAUGAAAGAUAGCUCUCAGAUCACUGAAGAUCAGCUUGUGGAUGAUGUGGAGAAUGGCAAUGUUGAAAAUACUCUUGGCAGUCAAAAGGAAGAGCUUGUUAGAACGUCAGCAACUCCCAGAACUCAUGGGUCACUUGAUGCUAGGGAAGCUGAAAAUGAAUAUUGUGUCUGUGAGGCACUUACAGACAGUUCAGAUGAUUCACAUAUGGAUGGCAAAGAGACUGUUCUGCCAUCAGAUGGAUCCAGAAACCCUCCAAAGGAAUGUCAAAGUCAUCUUCGGUCUGAUGGUUGUAGUGCUGCUUACUCUCCUGCCAAAAAGCCUUGUCUUGAAUCUGCCUCAGAAAUGAAUUGUGUAGAGGCACAAGAUACUCCUUUACUAACAUCCUUACCUAAAGGUCAACAACACAGAACAAGCAUUACUGAAAAGUCUACUGAUUGCUGCGCCGCCCUGAAAUCUAAUGAAGCAGAAGAUAACUCCUCAGCCAGUGGUCAUGAUUCAUGCUGUAACUGUGAAUCUGAUGCUUUUGACAAAAGAAAUGUGGAAGAUGGCUCAGUACACAACUUUGUGAUGGAGAUAAUUGACAUGGCAUCAACAGCUUUGAAGAGUAAGUCACAACCUGAAUGUGAGUCAUCUGCUCCAGCUUCCUUAGCACAGAUCAAGGAAAAAGUGUUAGAACAUUCUCACAGACCCAUCCAGCUAAGAAAAGGUGACUUCUAUUCUUAUCUUUCACUUUCUUCUCAUGAUAGUGACUGUGGAGAGGUAACCAAAUAUAUAGAGGAAAAGAGCAGCACUCCCAUACCACUGGACUUCACAGAUGAGAGAGAAAGCAUUGAAUGCUUUUUUCAAGCUUGUCCUGAGGAAGAACGGGUUGAGCAGCAGCAAUCCAUUUCUAACAGUACUCUUGAAGCAUCUCUGGAGUCAUACAAAGACUUAGAGUCAUUAGGGGAAAUUAAAACUUCAAUGGAAGGCAGGGAUUUGUCUUUCUUACAUGAUGAUGAUGUUGAUAUAGAUGUCCCCAAUCCUAAGAAAAAAAAAUCAUUAAACAAUUUGAAAAAUGCUGAUGAUGAUGUGAUGAUUUCAGACAGCCUACAUGAAGGUUUUGGACAUGAAAAGAGUAGUACAGGAAAAUCACCUGGAAUUGAAGAGCCCAAAGGAUGUGUUGCUGCUUCUGAAGAGGCUUCAGCUGUAGACUUUCAGUUAAAGCCUGGCCAUUCACAAGAUAAGGAGGUUUUGCACCAGAACACUAAAACUCUUACUUGUGAAGAAAACCUCCUGAAUCUUCAUAAGGAAAGGCACAUAAAUAUGCACAGAUAGAAUGUAACCUCUCCAGGCACAUACAUUAUCCUAAGAACAGGUAUGUACUCUACAAUAUACAAGUUGCACAUUACUUUUUUUUUUUUUGAACAUUUUUGUACAGUGAAAGGAGAUGAAUCACCAUACAGGGCUUUUGUUUUACAAUAGUGCUAUAUCAUUUGAUUUGGUUAUGCUAUAAUCCGAAUUUACAUGCCACUGGUCAACGAAUGCAGUGAAUACUAACUGCUUCUUGCCCUUUGGCUUUGCACUGACUGGAGCUGCUGUCUUCUGGAAUACUUCAAAUCUACUAUCUUGCAGAACUUGGGAAUCCCUGAAAAGUGGUAUUUCUAUAUCAGCCUCCUCUUCCCUUAUCAACUGAGCUGUGGAAUCUAUCAGAAACCAGCUCUUCUCACUGAUCCCCUUCUCCACAGUCAGCUGGCCUUAUGAGGUAUUCAAAAGCACUUGAUGAAGCUGAACUUCUGGUUUUACAAGGAUUUCGGGUGACCAGUGAGUUGGAGCUCUACAAUAUUUACAGACAAGCCAUGAAGAAUGGCUGAGCAGACUGGAGAAUAAAUAGAAAGAUAAUAAGUCAUGUCUUGAUAUCAGUUUACCAUGAUUUAAGCUCACUAAGCCAUUGUUAAGAACACAGUUACUAAGACACAAUGUCAGGCCAAAAGUUGAGGUUACCAAAAUAAAAAAUCUUUGCAACGUCAGUGAAGAGUAUAAUAUGAGAGUAAUGUAAAGACCCAAACACCAAAGCAGAUGGAAACUGGUAGCCACAACAGCAGUACUGACUGCUUCAGUUCUAUUUUGUGAUACGCAUUUUGACAUGUAAGUAAACUGUUUGAACCUAAGGUGAAAAAGUGGCUCCAAUCUCUGCCAAAGUUUUAAAGUGGUUCUGAUCUGUACUUUCUGGCCUUACAUAAAUGCCUAAGAAUAAGCUGCACAUUUAACAAUGAAAAAAAGAUCUACAAAGCAACUUCUGGGCCAGAUCCUGACAUAUAUAUAACAUACAUAUAUAACAGUGCUGCUUUGUGUCUUACCAUUUGUUCAGCAGCCCAGCAGCCAGCAUGUGAGAAGCACCAUUAGCCUGGAAAUGCUCCUCCAGCAAACCAGAUCCAACAUGACAACUCCAAAUGCCACGCCAAUUCCAAAUGCUGCUGCUUGUCACAAGCAGUAGCAAAGGAAAUUAGAAUAAGACACAAGGUUAAGUACUGGAACAGGUUGCCCAGGAAGGCUGUGGAAUCUCCAUCUUUGGAGAGUUUCAGUAUUCAACAAGACAACACCCUGAACAACUUGAUCUAACGUUGAAUAUAGCCUUGCUUUGUGCAGGAGGUUGGACUGGAUGACUUUCAGAUGUCCCUUCCAACCAAAGUUAUUCUAUGAUUCUAUGAUAUUUCUAGGAGAACAGGAUGUUAUUUAUCACUGCCCAUAAAAAAACACUAAUACACUCCUAUUGCAAACUCUGUAGCUGUAGCAGAGGAUCUGGGCCUAUUUAUACACAACAGAUUGCUGCUAUUGGAUAUUUAACUUCUGCAUUUCCUACUUUGUUAUUUUAUUAUGUUUAGGAUUUUGUUUUGCACAUAUUGGUGGCUCACUCACCAUUCACACAUUUACAUAUGUAUGAAUAUGUCUAGUAAAGUUUUUAGGGUUAUGACAGCAAUAGUCUACACCUUGCCACCAUCCCUUUCAAACAGAUAUCUAUUUGAAUAAUGCACUAUCUUUGAACUGUGAUAGAAGAGAAAGGAUAUUUCUUGAAUGGCUUUGAAAUGGGUUUUCAUGACCUGUUGAUUGCCACUUAGGUUAAUAACUGAACACAUCCAAAUAACUGGAGAAGCAACAGACAUCAACUGGAAAUUACAAAACCUAAAGAUAAUACUAUAUAUUCUAGAAUUACAUUAAAAAGGUUAAUGUGUAUAUGGAAGUCUCUAUCUGGAAACUGAGAUGAUGACUAAAUUCUGCAGUUGCUAAGUGAUUAUGCUGUAAACAUAAGGUUUUCCUAAAUUAAUGUUUUAUUAGUUUCUUAGUUUUUUUCACUCAUUUUAUAAUACUAAUUUGAGGAAGAAUAGUUACUAUCGUGAGUGUGAUAUUCUUCUUGUUCUCAUUCUUUCACUGAUGAAGAUAAUAACAUAACUUUGCACUUCAUUAGUACUUUUCAUCUGAGGAUCUCAAAAUACUGUAUAAACUUCCCCUCACUCUUCAGAACUCCAUAGUUACUUACAUGGUGGCCAGCUGUGUUUUCAUUAGGCUGGGAUAUGACAAUAUGCAGUUAACAAGGCACAGGGACUAAGAUUGGACAUAGAGGAUGGAGAUACUUGCACAUGCCCUGCAAUGCAAUGAAAUGUUAAGCAAAGACUGUAUGUGACAGUUUGAUAGAGUUGUAUUAGGGUUUUAAUUUUUGCCUAGGCUUGGCAGAUAUUUUUAAGACAGCAAAGCCCAUCACACUGCAUCCCGUUUUUUGCUUUUGAGGAGAUAUUAAUUGUUUGUUAAGUGAUAUAUAUCAUUGUUUCCAUGGAAAUUAUGUGCUGUAUUAUUCCCAAUUGCAAAGCCCUAGGAUACAUACAGUGUUUCUCAAGCACAUCAAAAACUGCAAAUCUGAGCUGUUAGAUGUGGUUUCACUAAAGUCUGAGCUCCCUUCCCCCAUUCACAAGCUUGGUGCUUUAACUUCAUCUCUCAUGCUAUGGGGAAUGAAUUACAGAAGCAAUCUAUCCUAAUUUGUUAACUUAUUCAAAUAACAGUUAUUAUACUUAACUAUGCUAAAGAUUAUCUUUUUGGUGGCAGAUUGUUUAUUUUUUGAUGAGGCUAAUUACUGAUUUUCCAAAGGUAAUUUACAUUUAUUACUAAUACAUCUUUUAAAAUGUGACAGAUAAAUGUUGUUCCCAUAAGUGUAUUAUGAAAAAAGUUACUAUUUAAAAACACAUUAUUUAAUUUGAAAGAUAAAUGGCAAACACCAUUAUUUUUCCUGUAGCACCUGUGCUGUAAGCUCAUUUAAAUGUGUAAUUCCAUGUGUAGCUGCAAUACUUAGAGAAAAAUAAUCUAUAGUAUAUGUGUACCUUAAAAGCAUACUCAGAAUUCAAAGGUAAAAAAAGGCAUAGUUUCAAAUGUAGUCUGAUUUAAUACUAUUUGCCUUGGCUGUACAGGAGGAUAAAAGCAAUUGUGAAGAAAAUAUUUCUGCCAAAUGUGUGUAAGUUGCAAUCUUGUUAUUUAGCAGUGUGCUACAAAAAUGACCAUUAUGUGAAGGUAAUAGCAAUUCUAUAAGCGGGCUCAAAAAUACCCCUAUCAGCACUGAUUAGUCUCUUGUAUGAGCCAACAGAGAGUUCUUCAACAGAGGUGCUCAUCAAGCUAUGCUGAUUUUAUUUCUCAAGUAGUGGACAGCUUGAAAGAACAAUCUUUUUGGAUACUAGAUCACUUCUGCUGUCACUGUGACCCGUGACUCACCAAUGAGGUGGGAAUUCUUAGUCAUGUAUUCAGUGUGUGCAGAGAUCAGUACAUUAAGGAGGCUUAUGUGAUGUGUCCAAAGUCUUCUCUAGAAAAUACCUUAGACUUUUGUGCGUUGUUAGUGCUUACAAAUAAGUCACAAAAGCCAUUGCCUUCCUUUUGUAGAGAAUGUGUAAUUUAAACUUAAGUUUUAACUUAAUUUGAAAAAAAUAUAUAUUAUUUGGUCUUAAGAAUAAAUCGGUUUUAUCUGACAACACUACAAUGUUAGCCAGAAUAUCCUGCCACUCACUGUAGCCCGGAGGAACCCGGGAGAGCAGGGUGGCUGCUGCCCAGGACUGGGGCUCAGAAGGUCUGACUGUUAUUCCCUGCUCAGGAGUAGAUACUUUGUGUGACUUAUUCCCUCCCUGCCUCAGUUUCUUUAGUGACUAUAUAGUGAGAUUGAUGGGACCUGUGAAGCAUGAUUCAAGUUUUUUGAGAUCUGCAGAUAAAAUGAUAUACAAAUGCAAAGUACUGUAAGUUGAUUAUUCAUUAUAGGGCAAAAAUAGAGGUUUACACAAUAGCUAGUAUGUAAUAACGUGCUUUUAGAAAGCGGAACUACACAAGUAGUCUAAAUCUUUUCUUACCAUUUUUUUCUUCUUGGAGUUUUUAUAGGGAACUGGAUGCAGUAAUGUUUCUUUACUGAGCUUAAAACACAGUCAUGACCUUUUAGCUCAUUACAGUGGCUGACUUCAAAAAAUGUAAAUAGAAUAAACAGAUAAUCUUAUAUUGCCUGUGAAUGAUAGAAUUUUUGAAAAAAAUGAAAUAGUUCAUCAGUGAGACUUUUCUUACUAUAGAUAUAAUGAAACUCAUGCCAGAGUUUUAGAAACAUUUUGAUUCAGUCUUCCCCUUUGUUUGCAUCUGUUCUGCACUCAUUUCUAAACAAACUGUUCCUAUUUUCAUGUAAGUAUAUUUCUUCUGUAAAUAGAGGGGGGUCAGUUACAGCAAAUAAGGUCAAAGGAGAAGGUAACUGGAUAGAUGCAGAUAGUCCUGCUUAAUUUGGAAGACAUAUAAUGCAUGUCUGGAGUGCCUCCUAAGAAAUGCCUACGAGAAGUACUUUGCACUAAUCUUUGAGCCCUAAUCUGACAGUUAUUUCUUCAUAAUCCUCAUCAUAAGCCUCUGCUCUUUGAUGAAUAGUCUAACCCUAAACUCCAAGCUGGAUAAUUCUAUAGUAGGAAAAUUUAACUCAUUGCUGGUACCAGAAGUGUCUAAGUAGCAAUUUACAGUUUAAAGUAUAGUGAUGACAUUGACAGUUCUAUUCAUGGACCACUUCUGUGACAACCCUUUCCUCUGCUCCAUUGAAAUCUCAUUGUAUAUGUUGACAUAAAUAUUGAACUAAGUGCUGGGUAGCCCUUUUUGUUGUUUGGCGUUUGCAAAUUCAUAUGUUUUCAUUGAUCGGUGCACCUUUGAGUGCGCUGAAGGUAAGUUCACAGGUAAGAAUGAGGACAGGAUCCAGGGAAAAGGUCAGAUUUGAUGACUUCCCUUGUUUCUUUCGAAACAAAGUCGUUACAAAAAUCAACGCGUUUUCUACAUCAAUACAAGUUUUUACACUAACUUGUACCUCAGGCUGUUAAAAAUUAUUGUUUGCCUACUGUAUGCUUCUGCAUUUAAGGCUUUGGCAUGUGAUCAUUUAAUGACUAUCUGUGGUUGUUCUGGAAGAGCUAUGUUUUGCAAAUAAAACUGCGUUUUCUGUAACCUACUAUUACUUUUUUGUUUCCUUUUAGAAACUUGGCUGCAAUUCAGGUGCAGGUUCAUCCUGUAAACCCUGGGAUGACCUCCAAUUCCAUUGUAUCACUGCCUUUCAUUAUACUGACUCCCAAGAUAAAUUUUCUUUCCAAAUGUGAUUUGUCCAUGUUGGCUUUGUGAUCAGGCUGCAUAUGCUAGUCCUAUUUCAGUGAUCAUUUUGUAUUGUAGCAAAGCCAUUUGCUUUCAUAUGGAUUCCUCUCCCAAGCUACCUCUAAUGACCUCCCCUUCUUAAACUGGAUGCUCCUGUACUACUUAUCACCGGUUAUGUUCUUUAAAGUUUUGUAGUUCCACAGAAUUCAUGAUCAGUCUGGUUCAUGUUUUCAGAACUGUACCUGUCAGUACUCUUCUAUUUUCUGUAUCAAAUUUAAUAUUUAUGUGUAUAAUGCAUACGUUUAUUGAAACUAUUUUAUGUUGAAAAUGAUAAUUUUGUUGGAUUGCAGCAAAAAGAAGUCAUUAGCUCUCCUGAUUCAGUACAUCUAAAAAUUAAGCAAUUAAAGUAAAUGCCAUUUUAUUUAUUUUAUUUUAAAAUUUAAUCUAUGCAACACUUCAAGAAACAACAACAUGGUGUUGUAUAUUAGGAACUGUUGACAUUCUACUGAAUUAAGUACAACAUUUUGUUUUUUUAUGCUUCUUGAGGUGGUAAUGAGAAAAAAAAGUUUUUAAAAAAUGUGUGCCUUGCUGUAUUUCUUAUACCAUUUAUUAAAAAGCUGCUUUCACAGUAAAAUUAUGUUGGUUUGAAAGGAGGAAAUAGCAAGGUUAAGAUGUGUGAAUAAUUUCUGUAUAUAUGUAUAACCAAGUGCAAACAUUGAUGUAUAAUGACAGUAUAAAAUGCUUUCAUGUUUGUGAUGUCCAGUGAUGUGGAAAAUAUAAGCCUUAAAACCAUUAGAUUGCAUGGUAAUUAGAAUUGGCAUAAUAAACAUAGUUUACUGGGGAAAAAAA